AUGGGCUUGAAGGAUCGACUGUCAAGACUGGAAGCUGCAUUGGCAAGUAAGGCAGAUGGUGAGGAUUCAGAGCAUUUGAAGACUAUAAGUAAACUCCAAUCGAAAUUAGAGGAUGUAACUGCAGAGUUAGCUUCUGAACGACAGAAGGAAUUAUUUCAGGCUCAGAAGCUUGCUGUUGAAAAUGGGAAGCUCCAGUAUCGAGUUACACAUCUCGUACGUUCUAUCAGGGAAUCUGACUGA